CACGCAGAAACCACUCUAGCUUGCACUACGACUGCCACUGAACGACGAUCACCUCCCUACUCGCCAAUUUCACCCUGAGAAAUGGCAUCGCCGCCUCGUGGUAGCGUUCGCGUUCGGCACGGCACGAGCCACGUCGCGCUCUUGCUGAUCACCGUGCUGCUCCUGAGCUCGGCACGUCUCUCCCUGGGCGCCAGCAGGAGGCUGCUGGAGCUGUACAAGCCGCCGGCCAGCGCGCGCCUCACCUACCACAACGGCGCCGUGCUGCAGGGCCGCAUCCCGGUGUCCAUCAUCUGGUACGGCCGCUUCACGCCGGCGCAGAAGGCCGUGGUCACCGACUUCCUCCAGUCCCUCACCGCCGCCUCGCAGGCGCCUACCCCGUCCGUCUCGCAGUGGUGGAACACCAUCAACCAGCUCUACCUGUCGAAGGCGCGGAGGGGCAGCAGCGCCAACGGCGCGCAGGUGGCGCUCGCCGGCCAGGUCUCCGACGAGGCGUGCUCGCUGGGGAAGCGCCUCACGCUGGCGCAGCUCCCGCGGCUGGCGGCGCGGGCCGGGCCCAAGAAGGGCGGGAUCGCGCUGGUGCUCACCGCGCAGGACGUGGCCGUGGAGGGGUUCUGCAUGAGCCGCUGCGGCCUGCACGGCGCGGACGCCCGGGCCGGGACCGCCUACGUCUGGGUCGGCAACUCCGCCACGCAGUGCCCCGGCCAGUGCGCGUGGCCGUUCCACCAGCCGCUGUACGGGCCCCAGGCGCCGGCGCUCGUGCCGCCCAGCGGCGACGUCGGCAUGGACGGCAUGGUGAUCAACAUCGCCAGCAUGGUCGCGGGCACGGUGACCAACCCGUUCGGGGACGGGUUCUACCAGGGCGACAAGGACGCGCCGCUGGAGGCCGCCACCGCCUGCACCGGGGUCUACGGCAGCGGCGCGUACCCCGGUUUCGCCGGCAACCUGGCGGUGGAUCGCGCGACGGGGGCGAGUUACAACGCCAAUGGCGCGCGUGGGAGGAAGUACCUGCUUCCCGCGCUGUUCGACCCUGCAACGUCCACGUGUUCAACUUUGGUGUAACGGCUAAGCUAAGGAAACAAUCCUGCAAGAAUUGUGUAGUAGCACUGUACAUAUGCCAGUGACUGGAAGUGUACUGUAGUAAGGGUUAAUUUUUGUUUCAUAUGAACAAUAGAAAAGUUCCACUUUUGAAGUAUCAAUUGCCUAUUGGGAAAAUUGUAGCCAGAAAUUUUCUUCUCCAAACUGGAAAGGGCCAAUUUGAGGUCUGAGCGAUGCUGAUGCUGCCCAUUUGAUGA